AUGGUUAUUAGUUUGAAUAACUGUAGUCUUUCGUCCAUAGUUGUAUUUAUACUAUACUUUACGAUUUCUAAUUUGUGGAUACUGCCUGUGGAGAACGCUAGAAUAUUGGCAGUGGAGACACUGGGAUGCAAAAGCCACUGGAACUUUAUGAGCGCUGUGCUGCGGUCGCUGACGGACGCCGGUCAUAGCGUAACCGUGUUCACCCCGCUUCCGGACGGCGACCGGGACAACUACACGGAAGUGGAUUUGUCAAACGAUUUUCCGAUAUUAAUGGCAAAGGAUAUGAAGGCGACAUUGGACGUUUACGGCAAUCCGAUCGUGUACAUGAAUAUGAAGACUGGGUUGAACAGACGAUAUUGUGAUUCGGUUUACGGGAACCGACGGUUCAACGAAGUAAUCCGUGGUAAAUACAACGAAGAUUUCGACGUAAUCAUCAUAGAACCAUUGAGUGUCGACUGCAUGUCAUACCUGGCAAGCAUACUGAACUUACCUAUAAUAUAUGUGAUCCCGUCCCCCAUGAUUACUUACGCAGAACGUAAGUUUACCGGACACAUAUCGAACCCCGCGGUUGUCUCUAAUUUAUUAGCACAACGAGCCGUACCCAAGACGUUCGUCCAAAGAGUAGCGAACACCGCACUUUUGGCAUAUAGUAUGUUAAUAACUGUAUACGAUGAAUGGAUGCUGAGAGUCACUGAUCCAAGACCGUACGACUUAUCUCCCAAGGUUCAUCCAUCUAUAAUAUUUCAAAACUCCCACUACAUAACUGAGUCUUCGAGGCCAGUUUUGCCUAAUCUUGUUGACGUAGGUGGUAUUCACUUAAAACCACCAAAAAGUAUACCAAAAGAUGUUUUAGACUUUAUUGAAGAUUCGCCCCAUGGAGUGAUUUAUUUCACAUUCGGUUCCAUAAUUCAACUAUCUUCAUUACCAGAAAAUAUUAUAAAAUCGUUUAAAGAAGCAUUUGCUAACGUCCCACAAAGAGUUUUAUGGAAAUAUGAAGGUGAAAUGAAAGACGUGCCAAAGAACGUGAUGAUAAAAAAAUGGUUUCCUCAACGAGAUAUUCUUCUGCAUCCCAAAAUAAAACUAUUUAUUAGUCAUGGAGGGAUAUCUGGGGUUUAUGAAGCAGUAGACGGUGGAGUUCCUGUACUCGGUUUUCCCUUGUUUUUUGACCAGCCGAGAAAUAUAGACAACUUGGUUACUGCUGAAAUGGCAAUCAGUAUGGACCUGUUCACAAUCAACAAAGAAAAACUGUUAAAUAAUAUCUUACAACUCGUUAACAACGAAAAAUACAUGAGAAAUGCGAAAAUUGCCUCUCAACUUUUCAAAGAUCGACCUAUGUCACCAGAACAAUCAGUUGUUUAUUGGACAGAGUAUGUUAUUCGCCAUAAAGGAGCGCCUCAUUUAAAAUCUCACGGACUUAAUCUAACGUGGUAUCAAUACUUCCUAUUGGAUGUGAUAGCUAACAAUAGUUAUACACCACCUGGUAUUUUUGACAUAGAAGAUUUAGAUGGAGGGACAAUAAUACCUGGCCAAUGGAGAAGAGAUCAAAAUAAUUUAACACCAUUAGCAAGAAUUGGAAGAAAACCAUCACUAGCUGCACAAGAAAUUAGAGACAAGUUUUGUGAUUUUUUUUUCAAAGUGCUGCUGCUAAAGUAUACCUUGGCAAGACAACUAUUGAUGUUAAAAUAG